CUUUAUAAGUGACCUCAGUUAAUAACCAAGUGCAAGAAGAACUCUCUUUGCCAUUAGCACUGUCAUCGUCGCGUCGAUCGAUGUGAUCAUGGGAAUUCAGAAGCCUGCGUGGUUAGAAGCCCUCUACACACAGAAAUUCUUUGUGGGGUGUUCGACGCAUGACACUGCAAAGAAGAAUGAGAAGAAUAUACUGUGUCUGGAUUGUUGCACCAGUAUUUGCCCCCACUGUUUGCCCUCUCACAGAUACCACAGACUCGUUCAAGUUCGCCGCUAUGUGUAUCACGACGUGGUUCGACUGGAAGACCUGGAGAAGCUCAUAGACUGCUCUAAUGUGCAGGCUUAUACCAUCAAUAGCGCCAAAGUGAUAUUCAUCAAGAAGAGACCCCAGAAUAGGCAGUUCAAGGGCUCAGGCAACUACUGCACUUCCUGCGACCGGAGCCUGCAAGAACCUUACAUCCAUUGCUCUCUGGGGUGCAAGGUGGACUUUGUAUUAAAGCAUAAGAAGGAUCUCUCUCCUUAUUUGAGGACAUGUAACUCGUUACAAUUAUGUCCAGACUUGUUAGUCUCUCAGUAUGCCGGAGAGGAGGAAAUGACCAAUGAGACGCCGCGUUCGACAAUUGUGGACUGCGACGAGCCCAUGAGUUCGUCUUCAGGGUCAUCAGCGUCCGAGAACAUGAGCGUCGCAUGCACAGACUUUGUUCGAAAGAAGAGAAGUAGUGGGUUAUACGUGUGUGCACGGUCAGCUGGUAGGGUUUCAGACGAGGACAUGGCCACAAGCAUUAGUAGAAGAAAAGGCAUUCCUCAUAGGUCCCCUCUGUGUUAGAGAGAGUAAUUUAAUUGCCAAGACCUCUUCAGUUCUUCUCCUUAUUUUCUUAACUGACUUC